GAACAACUGAGUACAGUUUCCAGCUUGGGCAGUUUACUUCCUGUGCUGUGAGUUGGAUAGAUGUGCAGAGUGGAGAAGCUUUCUGCCCUGUUGUCCUUUUUUUGGCACCCAGUGCGAAUUCCAUCCAUCCUUUUUGGUACAUUUUUUUUAAAAAAUUGAUCUUCAGUUGUUUUUAAUGCCCAAAACAUCCCCUGCCAGCCUUAGGAACGGGAGAUCCGGUCGGACUGAUUGUUGGCCAGCUGGAGUCAUUGUUGGAUUAUGUCUCGGAUAGAAUCGUUGACCAGAUCAAGAACGGAUCGUUCGAAGGAGAUUUCCUUGAAGAACAAAGAGAAAGAAAGGAUGAAGGAGAGCAAAGACAAAGAUGCCCGCUACACCAAUGGGCACCUCUUCACUUCCAUCACCGUUUCGGGCAUGACCAUGUGCUUUGCCUGUAACAAGAGCAUCACGGCCAAAGAGGCGUUGAUUUGUCCCACUUGCAAUGUAACCAUCCACAAUCGCUGCAAAGACACGCUACCCAACUGUACCAAAGUCAAGCAGAAGCAGCAAAAGGCAGCUUUGCUGAAGAACAAUUCAGCCCUUCAGACGGUGUCGCUGAGGAAUAAACCAGCCACCAGGGAGCGGCCCAACUCUGCCAUCUACCCUUCUGAGAGCUUCCGCCAGACCCUCCUGGGGUCCCGCCGUGGCCGUCCCACCUUGUCUCUUUCCAAAAGUGUUUCCACCACAAACAUUGCAGGAACAUUCAACGAUGAAUCUCCCCUGGGCAUCCGCAGAAUCCUGUCCCAGUCCACUGAUUCCCUCAAUAUGCGCAACCGGACGCUCUCCGUAGAGUCUCUCAUUGAUGAAGGAGCUGAAGUCAUCUAUAACCAGCUGAUGAGUGAUUUUGAGACCGAUGAGAAAGAUUUUGAAGCUGACUCCUGGAGUUUGGCGGUUGACAACAACUUCUUGCAACAGCAGAAGAAGGACGUCAUGAAGCGUCAAGAUGUCAUCUACGAGUUGAUCCAGACUGAGCUCCACCACAUCCAGACCUUGAAGAUCAUGACCAACCUCUUCCGCAAGGGCAUGAUGGAGGACCUCCAGAUGGACCCGGCCCUCGUCCAGAGCAUGUUUCCUUGCGUGGACGAACUCAGUGAGAUCCACAUCCGUUUCCUCGUCCAGCUCCUGGAGCGUCGCAAGGAGUCGCUGGCCACCGAUAGCAACAAGAACUUCGUCAUCAACCGGUUGGGAGAUAUCCUGGUCCAGCAAUUCUCAGGAAGCAACGCUGAGCAAAUGAAGAAGGCGUAUUCAGAGUUCUGCAGCCGCCACACUAAGGCCGUGAAGCUGUAUAAAGAGCUCUUUGCACGGGACAAGCGGUUCCAGCAAUUCAUCCGGCGACUGACACGGUUACCGGUCCUGCGACGGCAUGGCGUGCAAGAAUGCAUUCUCCUCGUUACCCAGCGCAUCACCAAAUACCCUGGGCUGAUCGACCGCAUCCUGCAGAACUCCAAAGGGAACGAAGCAGAUCAGCAGGAUCUUAGCACGGCCCUGACUCUGAUCAAGGACCUCAUUAAGGAUAUUGACCAGGAGGUGCAUGAUUACGAGAAGAAUGCCCGCCUGCAGGAGAUCUAUGCCCGCGUGGAUGGGCGUGCCAAGGCUCUCCUGCCCUGGGAACGGGGCUCCUUCUGUAAGGACGAGAUGCUGCGACGGAAGCUGGUCCAUGAUGGCUGCAUGCUCUGGAAGACGGCCGCCGGGCGCUUCAAAGAUGUUCUGGUUCUCUUGAUGACAGACGUUCUCAUCUUCCUCCAGGAGAAGGAUCAGAAGUACACGUUCCCCACCCUGGACAAGCCAGCCGUCAUCUCCCUCCAAAACCUGAUUGUGCGGGACAUCGCCAACCAGGAGAAAGGCAUGUUCCUCAUCAGCAACACUCCCCCCGAGAUGUACGAGGUGCACACGGCCUCUCGUGAGGACCGCAACACUUGGAUGAGGAUUAUCCAGCAGACCGUCAAGCUUUGCCCUGACCGGGUGGAUUUCCCACUCAUCGAGACAGAAAAUGAAGCAUCUCUGCGGAAGCUGAAAGAUAAGAUUCAGCAGUGUGACCGAAACAUAACGGAACUUCUGGAGGAAAAAGUAGGGCUGUUCACGGACAUUCUGGCCCUGCAGAGCAGCAGCGAAGAUGGACCCUUGCCGUGUGUGAAUCCUCGCACCCUUUUCCGCACCGAAUCGUCAGACACUCCCUAUGGCGAGAAGCUGAUCCAGGAUGCCAUCAAAGAAGUGGAGCUUCUCAGAGAGCUCUUCGUGGGACCCGGCUGGGAUCGAGACCCAAACCACAGCCAUGCUUCGAACGGCUGCUCCAGCCCAAGUGCGAAUCCUGCCACAAAUGGGGAGACUGGGAGUAUCAAUGGCUCUCUUGAAUUCCCCAGGGCUGAAUCAGAUUCGAAUCAGCAGGAUGGGAACGGCAACCAGUUGCAGCCAAAAAUGUCUCAGGAGGAAGUGCUCCAGAAGGUCAAGACUCUUUAUUCUCUGCUCCAUGGCCUGCAGGGGGUUGUGGCCCAUCAAGAUACCCUCCUGGAGCUUCAGUUACAGGAGGCGAACGAACGGCGAGAGCGGCUGAGCCGGACCAACUCCCGCAAGGAAGGCGCCUCUUCCUCCUCCUCCUCCGACAGGCAAGCCACGGAUCUCUCCCUGCUGCAGAAGCAGCAUGCGCUGCUGCAGGAGGAGCUGAGCCGCUGCCGGCUGCUCUGCCAAGAGAAGACCCAGGAAGUGGCCGCCUUGGAGGCCCGGCUGCGCGAGAACGAGGCGGAGAGGACGCGGCAGGAGCGGGAGGCGGAAGAGGCGCGCCGGCAGCUGGCCGCCGUGCGGCAACCGAUGGAAAGCGUCUGGGUCCGUAAGGGAGCGGAGCCCCGGAGACGCAGCUUGCCUGCCGGGGAUGCGCUCUACCAAAGUUUCACCCCACCGCCUGCGAGCAGAGCUGGUGAACCCCUCUCGCCCGGCUGCCACUCUUUCCAUCGGACCUUUGCCAGUGGCCAACGGGAUGAGAUUGCUUACCAUGGCAUGUCCAGUAGACUGCAGGAAGGUGACGAGGACCUGGACGGGUUGUCAAAGGAAGAAGGCAUGAUCCACCCACAGUCUCCCCCUCCCAGCCCGCGCGAUUUUCAUAUGAUGCAGGACAUCCCAGAAGAGGCUGAAAACAUCCAGGAACCAAACGUGGGCGAGAGCAGUUCCUCCGACAGUUAGAUGAAUGAAGAGGGGAGGCCCCCCCCCAGCCCUUGGCCCACCCCAAAAGCCAUUGACUGGACAGGGCGCGAUCUCGCCCCCUCCACGUUUUCUCCGAUCAGGGACUGACUCUGAGAAGCGCCGUGGGUGGGUGGGUGGUCCGAUGGGAGGGGCGAAGGGAACCUGCAUCUCUUCUGAGACUAGAGAAAGGACAUGGAAGGGGGUCCCCCAGCCUCUUCCCGGGGGUCCCCUGCUUUAUCUGUGGCCUUGACCAUUCCUCACCGACGGACGAUGGACCCCGUAGUUCUCUUCUUUUCCUUCAGUCCAAACAGCUGGCCAGGGCGUGAGGCUGGCUACCAUAAAGCCCAGGGGGACGACGGUCUCGCUUGAUUCUGGCUCACCCCAAGGCAUAUUCCCUUUCUGUGCGGUUUAAUUUUAUUUAUUCUGGGGAUUGGGACGACACGCCCCCCCACCCCCACCUGUAUGAAGGAUUGGUUUUAAGUUAUUUUAUUUUUUAAUUUUGUUUUGCUUUUAUUAUGAGGCUCUGUGAGUAUCCAGAGCAAGAAGUAAUAACAGGGACCUUCUAGUUUUCCCGGUGCGUCCCUUCCAUUUUGAAAAGAGGAGGGUCUGGCAGCCGAAAGUACCCAUAUGAGCCCUAGAUCUAUUCCCCUAUAGGGACACCAGUACUUGCAUUGGGAGGCAUGGAUUUUAAACCCUGGGGCUGGCCCUCCACUCUUUGGGCACAGGGCAAUUUUGACUUUGAAACCCAUUAGUCUUGAUCUAAAAACAACAGCAGCAGCAACAACAAAAGAUUUUGCACAUCCUCUAAACACGCACACCUCUGCGGCCCUCUUAGGAGGGUGUUACUCCCACCCACACCGACCCCAUGAUCCUACAAGCUCUCGAGUUUGCAAUUCUGCUACAAACACCGUGGGAUGAUCUUUGCUGGGGGUGAUGGGAGUCGGAGUCCGACCCAUCUGGAGAGCGCUGGAUCGGGGAUAGGCUGCGAAAGCAGGCCGUUUUAACAGAAACCUCUAUUUUGUAGCCGCAAACCCGUUGCAAAUGAAAUGUAAGCUUUCUAAGGGGGUGCUGGGCAUUCAAGAUGGUGUUAAAAAAAGGGGGAGCAGUUUUCAAGAGGAAAUUCUCGGUUGUUCGGCUGGAAAAGAAUAGGAGGUUUCCAUCCGAAGUGCGAGGACAUCCUUUUACACCUUAGUCACUGGUGGGAAUGGGGUCCUUUAGGAUGAAUAAAACUACUUUGGGGGGAAAAAUCAGAAUUCACAUUUUGAAACACACCUUUGUAAGUCUGCUUAAUGACACCGACAGAGGAGAGUGAGGUGGGAGGGUAACACCCCUGCUCAGUAUUAUGGGGUGACACUUCUCAGACGCCAUGCUGGUGGGUUGCGUUGAACUGUGUUAGAAACACCGCCCCCAAGUGGCCGCUGUUAAGAUGACACCCUUUCUCCCUUGCAGAUUCUCCCCCAGUGCCAAGAGGAGGAGAAAAGCAGGGGGAGUCUUUGGUCCUCUUCGAGAACAUUGCUCUGUCAGUUAUGCCAGAAGGAGCGUUCUGUGUGAAUCUAAUUUUUGUUCCCCUUGGCUGAGAAAAAUAGCCAAAUUUAGAGGAAGGAAGAGUUUGGUGCCUCCCAGUGUGGAAAUUUAUGUAGUUAGCCAUGGUGUGCAAGGGUUUAUUGUACACUUCCCGCAGGGGCAGAAAGGAAUCAUGCAUUUGGCCAUUAUAUUUCAGUUCAAUCUAGUCAUUUUUAUUACUUUUUUUUUUCUGUACCAAAGCUGGCAAUUUCUGUCCGGGGGGGAGGAAAAGCCGUUUUAAUGCAGGGAUUAGAAAUUUAGUUUAGGAGUUUAUCUCAAUUCGGGAUUGAUCAGAAGGGAAGUUAGGCUGGGAUUUCGGGGUUUAACUGCACUGUAAAUACAACCUCUGCCUCUGUAUGGGAAAUGUCCCGUGUUGAAACAUUUAUGGGGAAGGAACGGUAAGAAGUGGGCAGCCACCGAUAGGGUGGGAAAUCUUCCCUAUUCGUGAACCAUUAAAGAUUAACACGUUCACGUCGAAGGGGGAUUUCCUGCCAAAGAUGGAUGCAACUGAAACUGCAAGGGGACAAAUCCCUUUUCUUCCCCAUCCCAAAAGUAUGAAAGAUGCCUUAAGGUAUUCCUGAUGCUGGUUUCCUCCAAAUUUGUGAACCGUUUUUUGGAGAGCGGGAUGUGAGAAGCCCCCUUUUUGAAAUGUUGCCGUAUUCCUCAAAUGCUGUCUUGCUGAUGGUGAAAAAAAAAUUCCUUUAAGGAAAUAACACCUAAUGGGUAUCUCUCCCCAACCCCCAUUUUACGAUGGUUUCGCCCUAGGG